GCAACGUCUCUAAUUCAAAUACCAGGAUUUGUCAGAGGGAGAGAACGUAUAUCUGAACCACCAGGCCACAGAGGUAACAAAAACCCAGCGUCUCUACCAUGAAGUUAUCUUUGGUUCUGGUCUUUGCAUUCAUCCUCCCGCUCAUCAGGGCUCAAGUACCUCACUGGGGACCAUGUCCAGAACCGUCCGUCCAAGCAGCGUUCACCCUCAAACAGUUCAUGGGAAGAUGGUAUGAAAUUGCCAAACUGCCGGCCCAGUUUGAGAAAGGACGGUGCAUCGAAACCAAUUUCACUUUGAAGGCAGACAACUCCAUUCGGGUGGUCAGCUCUGAAAUACUAAAAGGAGAGCUGAGGAGAAUCGAAGGGAUCGGAGUCGUGGAGGAUGCGAAGAAUCCUGCCAAGCUGGGAAUAAGUUAUUCCUAUGUCCUGCCCUACUCCCCUUACUGGAUCCUGUCCACCGACUACGUGAACACGGCCCUGGUGUACUCCUGCACAGACAUCCUGAGGCUCUUCCACGUCGACUUCGCGUGGAUCCUGGGCCGAACACGAACCCUGCCGGACUCUACCAUUGAGAAAGCCAAGGAGAUCUUCGCCAACAACAACAUCGACGUGACCAGGAUGGUUGCCAGCAGGCAGCAAAGCUGUGACAAAACUCUCUGAGCAGCCAUAGAAAUGCAGCACAAGAUGGUGCUGUUGUUGACAGGAAGGAAAAGAUUUGAUUCAUCGUCUGUUCCAGAAACAUCUUUGACUAAUAUUUUAUCAUAAUUGUGAGCAGGAGGUUUGAUUGUUUAUUUAUCCAGAGCAGAGUUUCCUUCCUUUUUAAGACAAUAAAAAUGUUUACAGCACAAAAUAACUGCAUGCCAUCUCUGUGUUGUUCAUUAUGUGUUUUGAGUGUACAGUAGCAGUCUCUUUAUUUAACACGCUGUUACUGGUUGUAACAUUAGCUGAGAGUUGUGUUCAGCGCAGUUCAGACUGUUCAUCUUGUCUUAAUGAAAAAAAUGUUUGCUGUUGCAUAAAAUCAUAUUAAGUAAAUCUGAUGUUUACACCACAAACUGGAGACAUAAAGCGUCUAAUUAGAGUCAAUAAA